CGUACUACGCGUACACGGUGUGUGCACAUAUGCAGUGCUUCAUACGGUACCUUUGACACAUCCAUACGAGUGCUUCAUACCAACUGCACGCGAUAUUUGAAUUUUUCUUGCGCCCUGUCAUCCACCGUGAGAUUGGGGGUGGUGCCAGCUUUGUGGGUUUAAAUUGUUUUGCUUGGCACUGCCAUUCGACAUCGGAAGAAAGUCGAUUGCGCUUUGUCGUUUCGUUAGUGCAGUGAAGAGUAUACGUACAGAUGUACAAAUAAGUAAGAAAACAACCAAACGGAGCAGUCGGAGUUAUCCUCUUAGCCACAAAAGCCCCCGGGGAUGAUGGGGGGUUCAGGCUGAAGAUGUUUGGGCUGCCCACGACCGCGACCAAAGAAAACAACCACCGUCUAUCGUGAUCAGUAUGCAGAAGCACACGAUGGGCCAGCUGCGAUGCUCCCGAGCCCCGAGCCUGUCCUCGUCCUCGAAUCCACCACAAGCACCGCCGUCGUUACCAGCAGACCAAGCCACAAGCUUCGGAGGCAGCCAGCGAGCGCCCGUGCGCCGCUGGAACAGCUUCCACGGGGGGAACUACGCCUGCGACUCAGAGCUGCGCCAGCAGCAAUCUGUCGUCGAUCAGCUGCUGUACCAGGACGCCACCGACUACCACAAGACGGUGUACCACAGGGUGGCGCCAAGGUUGCCCAGGGCGGUGCAAGCCCUGAGGAGCGAGAGCGUCGACAGGGCCCAUCCACUGAGGGCCCAGCCUCCACCGCCGCCUGCUUUUCCUAGGCGCAGGUUCUCCGUUUGUUUUGGCAAGCGGACCGGCGGGAGCGCGCGGAGGCCGAACGAGUGCUUCGUCCUUGAACCCUCGGAGCUGAUAGCGAUCGACUACCCGGAAGUGAUCAGCGGUAGAAUGCAUCGACCUCCGCAGGCCCAUCCCAUCGGCGACCACCGCCAGGUCAAUCUAGUGUUUGACGACGCGUUCUCGCAGGGUCUGACAGGCAGACCGGAGCUGUACCAAAAGUCGAACAGGAGCAGCCACUCGAGCGACACGAGCUCGGCGUACAGUGGCUCGGACACGAUGACUUCGGUUCAGAGCUCCCUCGACGUGGACGUCGAUGAGGUCGACCUGUCCGGUCUCGUGGAGUCCAUCGUCGACAGCGAUGAAGAGGAAGACCUCGCUGAGAGCAUGGACAGCCUGACGGUACGGGACACGGUGCGCGAGUGCCUGGAGAAAGACCCGGUGGAGCGCACGGAGGACGACAUCGAGGUCCUGCUGGAGUUCACCCAACACCUCAAGGCCUUCACGAACAUGACCCUCGCGGUGAGGCGAGCCCUGUGCGCGGUCAUGGUGUUCGCUGUGGUCGAGCGCAGCGGCAUGGUCGUGCUGACCGACGGCGAGGAGCUCGACAGCUGGAGCGUGCUCAUCAACGGCACCGUCGAAAUCGAGUACAACACCGGGGAGAUCCAGCAGCUGCACGUCGGCGACAGCUUCGGCAUCAUGCCCACCAUGGAGAGGCUGCUCCAUCGCGGCGUCAUGAGGACCAAGUGCGACGAUUGUCAGUUCGUGUGCGUCACCCAGGCGGAUUACUACAGGAUCCAGCACCAGGGCGAAGAGAACACGAGGCGGCACGAGGAAAACGGCCACGUGAUACUCGUGACGGAGCUGCGGGAUGCCCUGAACAAUGGCUCGCGUCGUGGCCACGUCGUGAUACGGGGCACGCCCGAGCGCCUCAUGCUCCAGCUUAUCGAGGAGAACAGUAUUAACGAUCCGAUCUACGUCGAGGACUUUUUGCUGACCCACAGGACAUUCGUCGACAACUCGCUGACGGUGGCCACGCAACUGCUCGAGUGGUUCGAGCAGGCCCAGGUUCGCGAUCGGGUGGCCCGAGUCGUUCUGCUCUGGGUCAACAAUCACUUCACGGACUUUGAGACCGAUCCCGCGAUGAUGGAGUUCCUCGAGGCCUUCGAGUCUUGCCUCGAGCGGGAGAAGAUGCAGGGCCAGCAAAGGCUUUUGAACAUCGCGUGCGCAGCGAAGGCGAGAACGCGUACCGUAGUCCUAACGCGGCCUAGCAGGGACGAGGUCCUGCAAUUCAGUAUUUUGGGAGGCUACGAGCGAGGCUUCGACAUCUUCGUAUCCAAGGUCGAGAAGAAAUCCAAGGCCGAGGAUGUGGGCCUCAAACGGGGCGAUCAGAUACUCGAGGUCAACGGACAGAGCUUCAAGCACGUCAAUCACGCCAAGGCCCUGGAAAUUCUUCGGGGCUCGACUCAUCUCAGUAUCAACGUCAAAUCUAAUCUCAUAGCGUUCAAAGAGAUGCUGCAAACACCGGACAAUGUUCGAUCCCGUAGCCGACCGAACAAGCCCGAGGUAUUGCCGCGACUACAAACAGAUCCUCGAAUAAGAAUGUCCACGCACGUCGAUCCCCUGACACCUGUCAACAAUCCGCUGAAUCCGAUGGUCGGUGGUGUGCCAAUACUUACAUCGACGGCCGACAGCAACAACGUCUCGCCGUGCAAAGAUGCCAAGAAAGAGCACAAGGGCUUCAUGACUCUGGGACCGCGCAAGAGGUUUCAGAAGGCCCUUGCGAAAAUGAAUUUUUUGCCAAAGAAUCUGAUCAACGAUGGUGUGCACGCGGACGAUCCACUGGGCCCGCCACACACGCCACCAGGAACAGGCGGCUUGGCCCAGCAAUCAUCCAACUUGUACCACUCGCGAUCUAAUCCGGAUCUUACCUCACUGUACACGUACGAAGACCCGCGGGCCAACGACUACCCGGAGCACGUGCUGAAGGUAUACAAGGCCGAUCAGACGUGUAAAUACCUACUGGUGAACAAGGAGACGACCGCGCACGAGGUCGUCAUGCUCGCGCUCCAGGAGUUCGGCAUAACCGAGAGCAGUUCGAACUUCUCGCUUGCCGAGGUGAGCGUCGGUGACGGUGGUAUGAUAAAGCAGCGCCGGCUCCCAGAUCAGAUGCAAAACUUGGCCGAGAGAAUCGGACUGAGCUCGAGGUACUACCUCAAAACGAAUGGACUGUCGGAGACGCUCGUAGGGGACGAACAGGCUCCUGAACUCGUGCGAGAGUCGCAGGUCCAUUUUUUGCAACUCAAUGCAGUUGAGGUGGCUAUACAACUAACGCUCCAGGACUUUGCUAUAUUCAGGCAAAUCGAGUCGACCGAAUACGUGGACGAUCUUUUCGAACUGAAGAGCAAAUACGGCGUGCCGAUGCUGAGUCAAUUUGCGGAGCUCGUCAAUCGAGAGAUGUUUUGGGUCGUGACGGAAGUUUGCUCGGAGCACAACGUCAUGCGGCGAAGCAAAAUCAUCAAACAAUUCAUCAAGAUAGCACGUCAGUGCAAAGAAUGCAAAAACUUUAAUUCCAUGUUCGCAAUUAUCUCGGGUCUGGGUCACGGUGCGGUUUCGCGGUUACGAGCGUCUUGGGAAAAAUUACCGACCAAAUACCAGAGGCUCUUCAGCGACUUGCAGGAGCUCAUGGAUCCCAGUCGAAACAUGAGCAAGUACCGACAACUAGUUUCCAGCGAACAAUCACAGCCUCCAAUCAUUCCAUUUUAUCCAGUUGUUAAGAAAGAUUUGACCUUCAUACACCUCGGAAACGAUUCGAGAGUCGAAGGAUUGGUGAACUUUGAAAAGCUCCGUAUGAUAGCAAAAGAAGUUCGAAACUUGACAAACAUGUGUUCGUCGCCUUACGACUUGGUGACGAUGCUCGAGCGAGGUGGCCAGCCUCCGAGCUCCGCCAUGGUAGCUCUCAAUCAAAUGACGACCGGUAGUCAAGGUACAAAAGGUGGGCAAACGGCGACGGUGAAGAGACGCAAAAAGUCCGCAGCAGCGCCGAAUCCGAAAAAGAUGUUCGAGGAGGCGCAGAUGGUGCGACGCGUGAAGGCUUAUCUGUCGAACAUGAAAGUGACGACGGACGAGGAGAAGCUGCACCAGUUGUCGGUCGAGUGCGAGCCACACGCGGGCGCGAUAGCCAUGGCUGCGGCGGUGCCACUCGGCGGGUCUCGCGGUAGGAGGCAUCCGUCGCCCACGCUGUCGACUACCAGUAGCGCCAGUAGCACCAGCGAAGGCAGGAAGAGCAUACAAGCUAAAAUUCUUGAUCCAGGCACUAAGUUUGGUGCUGCCUCGCCUCAGGCGGUGCGCAAAAUGCUAGCCCUCUCGGAUCCGUUGAAGACACGUCCCUACCAGCCGAAGCAUUGUCAGCCACAAAUGCCAGUAUUGGGCUUAGGGCUGCACUCGUCAGCUAUGGAGUCGAGCCCGGGUGCGCCACGUAGGGUCGGCUCCGGCAGUAGUGGUAGUCGGUUACCAAUGCACGAACGCUCGCACAGCGACACUCCUUCGGGCCUGCCACCGCCCGUAGACCUAAGCGCGGAAAGCAGCAGCGUCACCAGCCUAAGUAAUCUGCAGCCUUUGAGAAAAACUCUGACGAGCGGUUCGGUGACAAGCAGUGACAGUGGUCACAGCACCCAGCUGGACAGCCAUAGCGGGAGCAGUGUCGAAGCCGGCGGUAGUCCACCACCUCCUCAGAGACGACACUCUGCCUUGCAAGGUGGAGGCGCCAGCAACGGGCCGGGAGGAGUCGGGGGUUUGAGCAGUAUGCCGCCACCGCCACCGUUGCCGCCCUCGAUGAGCCGGCAUCUGGCAGGCAGGCCCGGCGACUGUCGUAUACCGCCGGACUACAAAAUAGCGGCCCAAAUGGCCAGGCUGCACAGACUCGGACGAGCCCACAGCCACGAGGGAGUCACCUACCGUAACGACCACGAAGAUGACGACGAAGACGCGCAAGUGUCGGCCGUAUAGGACAAGCUUCCGGGCCGUGUCCCGGACCGUUCAGCCUCGAUAGCGUCUGCGAGCGAAGCCGUCAAGCCUCGAUUGCACUCGUCGUUCGUGAUACGCGGCCAACGCGCCGCCACCAGAUCCGUGGCUACCUCCCAGCAACACUACGACUCAUCGACGUCGUCCUCGUCCUCGUCAACGCUCGUUAGUUCCAGGAAGGCUCAGCAAAAGUAAAAUAAUAAAACGUCUAAAACCAUAUACGCACCGGAACUUUGUUACGCGUGAAACAUUGGGGUGAAGCUCUUCGAUGUUGGAGUCUUUUUUUUUUUUUUUUUUUCGUUCGUGCUAGUACUACGAGAGUUGGCUGUAGCGUUAAUUUUUCAUGCGUUUUUAAGCAGACUUUUUGUUACUUGAAUCGUGAAGUUUAUAAUGAUCGUGUAUUUGUUUCGUAAAAAGUGUACAUGUAAGUAUAAAUUAGGUGGACGUGUUUUCGUUUUUUUUAGAAGAAAUAUAUAUUUAUAUAUUUUAUAGAUGAUUUAUAUUUGGAGGCCGUGCUUAUUUCAAGCUAUUAGAUGUAUCGGGGAAAGAAAGACUUCAACGCUGGUGCUUCGAGCAAUUUCUUUCUCUCUGCACGUGGUAGAGCAGAAAAAAAGUUAAAUUUUCAUACGUGAUGUAUCGCUUCGCGAGAAAAAAGGAAAAAAAUACGCGCCAAGCUAUAAAAGUAGAAAGUUUCACUCCAAAGUAAGCAAAAAGUGUUGAACUUGUACAUAACGUGCAGCUUGUACGUGUUGCAAGUGUAAUUUCCUAUUGAUCUAUCGAGUAUGGAGAAAAAAACAAUGAAAAAAAAAAACCAGAAAAAAACAUAUAUAUAUGAUAU